GUGAUUAAGACUCUCUAGGAAAAAGAAGAAGAAGAAGUUGUUUUGUUUUUAAAAGAAAUUUCCUCCUUUUUUCUUAAAGAUUUUAGCUCAUGGGAGAAUGGCUGCAACGGGUCGUGUUGUCGGAUAUGUCCCUCAGCCCAGUUACGACGGACAGGUUGAACCAACAAAGUUACUUCGCCUGCGUGUUAUAGGUGGGAGUGGCUUAGCCAAAAAAGACAUAUUUGGUGCUAGUGACCCAUAUGUAAAAAUUGAAUUAGUAAAUAUCACAUCUAAUGGGGGUGAUGAUGUCGUUGACUGCGUUCUCACCAAAAAAAAGAAAAAGACAUUAAACCCACGUUGGGAUGAAGAGUUUAUAUUUAGAGUGAAGCCAGCUGAGCAUAAACUGCUACUGGAGGUAUUUGAUGAGAACCGUGUUACAAGGGACGAUUUCUUGGGUCUGGUGGAGCUGCCGCUGAUCAACCUCCCACGCGAAGUGGAAGGGAGACAAAUUCCGCAUCGUCACCAUCGCCUUCAGCCGAGAAGUGCAAGGUCUCGGGUCAAAGGUCACCUACAGCUGUAUGUUGCCUACAUAGUGGAUGAUCCCCCUGGCAGCAGUGGAGCCUCAGGAGAACAGACACCUGAGGAAGCUGGUUGGGAAGUGGUCAGCAUUGACAACAGCUCCGGCCAUGAAGAAUCACCUGCACAGCCUGUUUUGGUGCCCAAUGACGGCCAAAGUCCACUCCCAGAAGGUUGGGAAGAGCGUCAAGAUGCUAAUGGCAGGAUGUACUAUGUAAAUCACAAUGCCCGAACGACGCAGUGGGAACGGCCAACUAGCUCCCAAGGCAAUAAUGAACACGAGCGUAAUCAACGUCUAGAGUCAGCACAGAACGAAUUUAGGAAUGAAUUUAGGCGCAGGUUUCACAUAUCCGUUGACGACAACGAAGUGUCGAGAGGGGACAACACCACCAUCUUGCAACAGAUUCAGGAGGCUCAAAGUCCGGCCGGCCAGCGACCUUCUUCCACGGCAAGUUUACCUGCCACCCCCACCACUAUCACCAACAACUCUAGUGCUGCCAGUCUUGCACCCAAGCCUCAAACUCCAACUACGACAGGCACUGAUGAAACACUUCCCCGGGGAUGGACCAGCCAGGUGGCACCAAAUGGUCGUGUUUUCUUUAUUGACCAUGUCAAUAAGCAGACAACUUGGAUUGACCCACGAUCGGGCAUGCCCAGCUCUCCGCCCAACCAACGACACGCCAACAACUGGAGACACGAAGAUGAACUGGGGCCUUUGCCUGAGGGCUGGGAGCAGAGAGUCCACACUGACGGUCGCAUCUUCUUCAUUGAUCAUAAGAACCGCACAACUACUUGGGAAGAUCCUCGACUACUCAACCCAGCGAUCGCCGGUAAAGCCAUUCCAUAUUCCCGAGACUACAAGCAAAAGUACGAGUUCUUCAAGAAUAACCUUCCAAAACCAGCUAAUGUUCCUAAUAAGUUUGACAUCAAGGUGAAGAGGAACAACAUCCUUGAGGAUGCCUUCGCAAUAAUCAGCCAGGUGACCCGUGUGGAUCUCCUGAGAACCAAGCUUUGGAUCGAAUUUGAGGGAGAGGUUGGUUUGGAUUAUGGUGGUGUUGCAAGAGAAUUCUUCUUCCUCUUGUCUAAAGAAAUGUUCAACCCAUACUAUGGACUCUUUGAAUACUCUGCCACAGAUAACUACACUUUGCAAAUUAACCCCUACUCUGGCAUGUGCAAUGAAGAGCAUCUGCGUUACUUCAAGUUCAUUGGACGCGUUGCUGGUAUGGCGGUAUACCACGGGAAGUUGCUAGACGCUUUCUUCAUUCGGCCAUUCUACAAAAUGAUGCUCGGAAAACCCAUUGAACUGAAGGACAUGGAGAGUGUUGACUCAGAGUACUACAACUCCCUCCUGUGGAUUCAGGAAAACGACCCAGCAGACUUAGACCUGACCUUCAGUGUUGACGAGGAGUCCUUUGGGAGAACGUCAUCCCACAACCUUAAGGAGAAUGGUGGAGAAAUACCUGUUACCAAUGAGAAUAAGCACGAAUAUAUCGAGCUGGUCAUCAAGUGGCGCUUUGUGCAGCGUGUUCACGAUCAGAUGGAAGCUUUCCGAGAAGGCUUCAGCGAUGUUGUACCCAUCUCCCAUAUCAAGAUCUUUGAUGAGAAUGAAUUAGAGCUGUUGAUGUGUGGCAUCGUCUCCAUUGACGUGAAGGAUUGGAGAAUGAACACCGUGUACAAGGGAGAAUAUCAUCCCAACCACAUUGUUAUCCAGUGGUUCUGGAGGGUGGUGCUGUCUUUCACGAAUGAGAUGAGAGCCCGUCUGUUGCAGUUUGUCACGGGAACUUCUCGAGUUCCUAUGAACGGCUUCAAAGAGUUGUAUGGAAGCAAUGGCCCGCAGCUAUUCACAAUAGAAAUGUGGGGUGAGACGAAAAACUACCCUCGCUCACAUACCUGGUAA